AAACAGCUUUGCCUCUGACAUACAGCAACCAUGGAGUCAGGGAAGGGCUUGUGUGUCUGCAUGCUGCUGGUGUUUUGUAUGACUGGAUAUGGACACAGCGGGAAGAUUUUAGUUUGGUACACUGAAGCCAGCCACUGGAUCAACAUGAAGCCUGUGUUGGAGAAGCUGAGCGACAGGGGACACCAGGUGACAGUACUGGUCCCCAGUUCUUCAAUGUUUAUGAACACCAGCGAGCCUUCUCGCUUCCGCUAUGAAUCGUUUAAUGUCUCUGUCUCAGUGAAGGCCAUAGAAGAUUCCUUGGAAGAGUUCAUUCGAUUUGCUAUGUAUGAAAUAGAUCACAUCAGCUAUUUACAGAUGUACCUGAGAUUCAUUGAACUUUUCACAGAGGAGAUGAAGUACUCUUUGAAAUAUUUAGAUGGUAUGCUAAAAUCAGUUGUGCGACUGCAGGAGGGAAAGUAUGACCUUUUACUGGCUGAUCCGAUUUACCCUGGCAGCGAAUUACUGGCAGAUUUACUGGACAUCCCCCUGGUAUUCUCUCUGCGAUUUACACUAGCCCACAACUGGGAGAGGUAUUGUGGUCAACUCCCAACUCCACCUUCCUUUGUCCCUGCUGCUAUGAGCAAACAGACUGACAAGAUGACCUUCUCUGAGAGACUGUGGAACUUUCUCUUCUAUGCCUUGAAUGAUGUUAUAGUGAAUCAUGUUUUUUGGUGGCCGCUGGAUAAUUAUUACUCUGAAAUCAGAGGAAAACCUACCAGUGCCUGUGAAUUAAUGGGCAAAGCAGAGUUCUGGUUAAUGAGGACGUACUGGGAUUUUGAAUUCCCACGUCCUUUCCUUCCUAACUUCAAAUUUGUUGGUGGAAUCCACUGUCAACCUGUGAAACCUUUACCAGAGGAUAUGGAAGAGUUUGUGCAGAGUUCUGGAGAUGCCGGCAUUGUGGUGUUCACUCUGGGUUCUAUGAUAAAAAAUGUUACAACAGAUAAAGCAAACAUGAUCGCAGCAGCACUUGCACAGCUCCCACAAAAGGUGCUGUGGAGAUAUGGCGGAGAUAAACCAGAGACUCUUGGAGCCAACACCAGAAUAUAUGACUGGAUCCCUCAGAAUGACCUGUUGGGUCACCCUAAGGCCAGAGCUUUUGUCACACAUGGUGGCACAAAUGGAAUUUAUGAGGCCAUCUAUCACGGAGUCCCGAUGGUGGGUAUCCCCAUGUUUGGUGACCAGCCUGACAACAUGGUCCAUAUGAAGGCCAAGGGAACUGCAAUUAUUAUAAACCUAAACUUCAUGAAGACAGAGGACCUAAGAGAUGCCAUCACAGCUGUAAUCAAUGACAAAUCGUACAAGGAGAAUAUCAUGCGACUCUCCAGGAUUCACCACGACAGACCCAUUGGUCCUCUGGAUGAGGCUGUAUUCUGGAUUGAGUUCACCAUAAGGAAUAAAGGGGCCAAGCACUUAAGAGUCCAGGCUCAUGAGCUCACCUGGUACCAGUACCACAGUCUGGAUGUUCUGGCCUUUAUCCUUGCUGUUGUUUUUCUCCUUGUUCUGCUAUUUGUCAAAACCUGCAGGUACUGCUUAUGGAGGUGCUGUGGGAAAAAAGGGAAAAAGAAGAGAAAAGAUGAGUAACUGGUUCAUCUGAAACCUAGUCUGAGACAGCAAAAACCUGCUUGGAGUAAACAAUU